AUGUUUGCUGGCCCAUUUCAAUCAGUGUUAUGCUGAUGCCCAAACUAUAAAAAGGCAGAAGGAUCAUCCUUAAAGUCUUUUUCACAAUCAUGGAUCAACUAACUGAUGAUCAGGUAGACAUUUUCUGCUCAAUGGAUGAGCAAAGGUUGGCGGAAUAUAAGCUCAGCUUUAAGCAGCUCAAUAGAAACGAGCGUGGCCUGAUAACCAUAAGGGAACUUGGCACCAUGAUCCGAUCUCUCGGUGAGAAUCCCUCGGAAAAGGAACUCGAGGAAAUUUUCAAAGCCUCCGAUUUGGACGGUAAUGGCGAGAUCGACUUCAAGGAGUUUUGUCUUGUAAUGGCGCGUUUUGAAAACGAGGAGGAGCGCGAGAUGUGCGAGGUAUUCAAGAUGUUCGAUAGAGACGGCGACGGUUUCAUCACCCAAAACGAUCUGCUCCAGUUGCUAGAAAACACGAAAUUCAAGAGCGAUAAAAAGGUCGUUAGGCAAAUGCUCAGGACCGGUGAUUCGACUGGAGAUGGGCGUAUAAGUUUCACUGAGUUCCUAACCAUGAUCAAGAAGACUUUUGCCUACCCACCUAAACUUUGAUCGUUACUUUAAAACAUAUCUUUGAUAAACUGUCUAUUGAUAGUGCACCUGAUUUUAUUGGAGAACGAAAUUAUACAAAAUAGAUAUAUAUAAUAAAAAUGAAUAUUGAGUUUAA